GUUUGACUAUCAGGACCACCUUCUGCAUCGUGCCCCGGGGCAGGCGCCUGGGCUCGUUCCGCUUCUUGGAGGCACUGCAGGCUGCCUGUAUCCCCGUGCUGUUGAGUGAUGGCUGGGAGCUGCCCUUCGCGGAGCCCUGCGACGGGGGCAAGUCUGCUGUCGUGGGCAAUGAGAGACUGCUCCUGCAGAUCCCCUCUGCCGUGCGGUGCAUCCAUCCGGAGCGUGUGCUGGCUUUCCAGCAGCAGACCCAGUUCCUGUGGGAUGCGUACUUCUCCUCUGUCGACAAGAUCGUGCACACCACACUGGAGAUCAUCAAGGACCGGCUGCUUCAGCACCGCUCCCGUUCCCGCUUCCUCUGGAACACGCUGCCCGGGGGGCUCCUGGCCUUGCCCGACUUCUCCACGUACCUUGGGGACUUUCCCUUCUACUACGUGCAGCGCGGCUCCAGCCCCUCCAAGAAGUUCACAGCUUUGAUCCGGGCCACCUCGACGGCAGGGUCCCCCUCCCAGCCCAUCCUCAGGCUCAUCCAAGCUGUCUCCGGAUCCCAGUACUGCGCCCAGAUCCUGGUGCUGUGGAGCUGCGAGAAGCCACCACCACCGAGUGGGAAAUGGCCCCAGACCACCGUGCCUCUGACUGUCAUCCAGGGCAGGAGCAAGGUCAGUGACCGCUUCUUACCUCCCGCCGUGCUGAGCCUGGACGAGCACACCAGUCUCUCCACCAGUGAGGUAGACUUUGCCUUUGUGGUGUGGCGCAGCUUCCCCGAGCGCAUCGUGGGCUUCCCUGCACAGAGCCACUUCUGGGAUCAGGACUGCCUGAACCAGUUGGUGGACUGGUUUGGCUACAUGCCCCUCGUGUCCUCCCAGCUGCGCCUCGACCCCGUCCUCUUCAAGGACCAGGUCUCCAUCCUGCGCAAGAAGUACCCACACUUGGAUAAACCCUGA